AUGGGCUUAGCCGUGCUGCCGCCAGAUUCCGAAGACGAAAAUGUACCCGUCCAGGUCUCAGACGUCGAAGAAGACAGCGAUGCGUCCAUGCAAGACGCCGAUGAAGGGCGACCGUCGAAGCGCCGCCGACUGGCCUCCUCUUCUCGCCAGAUUGCGCUGCCGGGAGAAGUAAUCACCGAUGAUACGCAAUGGAUGAGAGGACACGGGACGUAUAUGACCGAAGGGUCGCCCACGAUGAUCGCAACCCUCGCGGGACCCCUCAAAAAGACAAACAAGCUGCUAUCCGUUGCGCCGCUGCGUGCACGAUAUACGCCCGAGAUCGGAGACCUGGUGGUUGGGCGCAUCGUGGAGGUGCAGAAGAAUCAAUGGAAGGUUGAUGUGGCCGCGCCCUUGCUGGCUCUACUCCCGCUCUCGUCGAUCAAUUUGCCUGGCGGAGUUUUGAGGCGACGGACAACGGCAGACGAGUUGCAGAUUCGCAACUACUUCCAGGAGGGCGACCUCUUGGUCGCCGAAGUGCAGCAGUUGAGAAGCAGCGACGGCACAGCCAAUUUGCAUACUCGGAGUCUAAAAUAUGGCAAGCUUCGGAACGGUACAUUUCUGGCAGUGUCUGGAACUGGUGGCGGGGGCGGUGUCGUUCGAAGUCGGAGACAAGUUUUCACCAUCAACAGUGGGGCUCAGGGUGGUGGCGAUGUGGAUGUGAUACUUGGAGUCAACGGCUACAUCUGGCUGAGCAAACAUGUCGAGCAAGCGCAGGAUCAAAGCAGAAUGAGUGGCGGUGUCAGUAUUUCUAAUCUCGACGACGUUGUCAGCAGUGCCAUCUACUCGAGCCAGAACGAUGAUAUUGGGGAGGGCACCAGAAGAGAGAUCGCGCGAAUAUCGGAAUGUAUUAAAGUGCUCGCUGAGGAGGGGGUGCGGGUCGACGAGGACAGCGUCAUCAAAGCGUACGAAGCCGCUGUUGACGCUGAAAUGGGGGUGAUGGAGCAAGACGGCGUUCCUACCAGCUUCAGCGAUGAAGUCAGGAGAAGGAUUGUUGACGCUGCUCUUCAUUAG